CGUGGCGCGGGUGUUUGGGGAAGUGGGCUCAGACAACAAGAACAAGAGACAACAGUAACUUUGAGGACAAAUGGCGGCCUCAUCCAUGGCUACUUCGACGGAGCAGAUGGCAAUGGAGGCGGUGUCUAUGCACGAUGCUAUCGCUGCCGCUGCCCUUGGAGAGGAGGGAGCAGCGCUGGAGAUUGUGCGGUUGUAUAAGCGACAGAUGGAGGAGCUCUACAUUAUGCUUAUUCAACAUCGACAUAAUCUAUCGGCGGAUCUUCUUGAGGAGGGCGAGGAGCUGGUCGCUGGUUGGGAGGAGGACCUCCAUGCAGAUCUCCCAUCUCAACGGCAGGGCGCGACUGAAAAUGAGCAGGUGAUGGCGGAAUUGGGUGGUUGUGCUGAAGUGAUGACGAAAGUGAAAGGAAUAUUUGAGGAACUAAGGGAGGGGUUGUAUGGGAGUACGAGGUGUGAUGAUGUGAAAGGGUGUUGCUGCGCAGGGCCUGAGGAGAGGCAGGUGUUGUGCGCUGCGACACAGGAUCGUUCGUGCGAAGUGGAGAUUGAUACUCGGCGUGGAAGGCUCAAGGAGGGGCAGGGCUUUUGCGGCGAAAUGUUGAAGAGUGACAACAACAACGCAUGCACGAUUGGCAGUUAUGUCACCACCGACUCUACCAUCGAUUGCAAUGACAUCGUCGGCGACUAUACCCSCAACGCCAUCGACAACAACGAUGAUCGCUAUUUUGGUGACGUGGCUUUUACCGGCGCUGACAAUAACAACGGAUAUGAUGCUGGCAACAUCAGCGCCGGUAACAGUGACGACAACAUCAGAGCUCAUGACAACUACAACAACAACAACAACAACAACAACAACAACAACAACAACAGCGAAGAAGGUGAUCGUUGUACAUGCUCUCAAGACAGCCAGGGCGUCAGCAAUGGUGACGUUGCUUUUACUGGCGCUGUCAAUAACAACGGAUAUAGCGAUGAUAACAUCAGGGAUCAUGACAACAACAACAACAACAACAACAACAACAACAACAACAACAACAACAACAACAACAACAACAACAACAACAACAACAACAACAACAACAAUAACAGUGAAGAAGAUGAUCUUCAUGCAUGCUUUCAAGACAGCCACGGCGCCAGCAAUGUAAGUAAUAACUUCGAUUCUGAUGGGGGCGUUUGUAGAGCAGGGCAGGCUUUUCCCACGAUCUUUGUUUUUUUUGGGACAGGUAAGCCUGCUGGGGGGGGGGCGUCUUUGGGCAUGCUCAUGAUGACUUGGGGUUCCCCGAGUGGGCGGGUUAGGGUAGUGGUUUGGGACUUUCGGUGCGCGCGGAAUAUUGUGGAUCUCUCACCAUGGGAUUCGGGUGGGGUUGGGGGGGAAGGGUUGGGGGCAGUGCUGUUGGGAAGGUCUCGCAUGCAACUAUGGGAAUGUGGAAUCAGCAAGAGUGGGGGUGGGAUAGGAGGGAUAAAGGGUGGUAAACUAUAAAGGGGCCGCAGUGCAUGCCUGGCAGUGUAUGAUGGGGGGUGGGAUCAGGUGUGUUCGACCUGCGCUGUUUGGAUGUUCCUUGCGGUCUUUACAAUAAUAGAUCACGAUAUUAGAUAGCCUCGUGGCGAGUAUGACAUAGAGUUGCGCCGAGUUUGACUUUUGCCACGUGGAUUGGUGAUUUGAUCUGUUCCCUGGUUUGAAGGCCCCUCCCUCUCAAGGUCUGUUUAGUGCCGAAAGUUGUUUAGCUGUGUGACGAGGGUUUCAAAACUAGGUGAUGAUGUGGCGACUGUGGGGAGAAAGGUGGUGGUUCGGGGUCGUCAGGGGAUUGGAUUCUGGUACCCUGCUACCCUGAUUUCAUAGCUUUCUCCCCUUGUGGUGCCGUUGAUUGAAAUUCUAAAGUCCUGCUCUGAUGACCUCUUCCCCUCAUGGAGUUGCACGAUCUACUUAGAAGAAACAGAGGGUUGCAGAGUAGAGAGGUGUUUUUUCCGACUAUGACAGGCAGUCAAUCCCCUCAGCCCUCAGUCGAGGGUAAUCAAUGCUGCUUAACGAU